UCAUUAUGGAUGGCAAGCACAAACUGACAACAUCGCCCUGUGCUAGUGUGCGUGUCCGUGUGUGUGUGACGAUGUUUGGAUUUUUCCUCGUUCGCAGAGCACACAAAAAAGAAGGAUUGAAAGCUUGAAAAGCAAAGAAAGGAAAAAAAAAAGAUAAAACUUUUAUUUGCCCCCGUCUCUGUGCAACGCACCCGAGCAGAGGGUUGUGUGUGACAUAUCUCGUUGAAUAAAUAAACCCGUACUAUUAUCUCUCGCCGUGUGGCACUCGCUACCGUGUUUAGUCCGAGUUUAACGCACGGGCAUUGUAAAGUUCACGAUUUACGAUUUUGCAACACACAACACAACGUCGUAGGGAUUAUUUAAUACGCGUAGCGGAAGGAGAGGGCGCGCGUUCGAAGCGCACCAAAGGUCGCCGUCGCCGUCGUGAAAGGUGACGAAAUUGUUCAACCCAUAGACGGGACGGGAAGUGAAGCGUUUCCGACGGAGAAAACCUCUCCCGUGAAAAAAUAGUACGGCGCUAAUCAACACGGCCACACGGUGGUGCCCAAAAGCGAAAAGCAAACGUAAACACAGCCGCGCAAUCCCCAGUUGCGUAGAAAAUGCCACCAACCAACAAUCGACCGGAUGAGCUGCCUCCGCCAAAGGCGGACUUUAGCGCACCGCCGCCGUACGAAGCGAACGAUCCGCAGCAGCAUCAGCACCUUCACCAGCAUGAGUACGGAUCGCAGCAGGCGGUGCCGGUGCCGGAGCUCACCACCAAGCUGCCCACCUACGAGGAGGUGCAGAUGGAGAAGAUGAUCAAUCACGAGCUGCCGAUGGGCCCGAUGGGACCACUAGGGCCGCCGCAGAUGCCACCGCCGCCGCCCAGCAUCACCUCGAUGGGUGGCCGUGGUGCGGCCGGUGUACCGGGCGGCCCUCAGGUAACGUUCAUCGCGAUCGAUGCCGACGGGGAGAACAUUACCGCCGACAAUGGGCUGCUCGGUACGGACAUCAUGUUUGUGACCGCGUUUCUGAUCGCGUUCCUGUUUAACUGGAUCGGGUUUUUGGUGCUGACCUGUUUCUGUCACACGAUUGCCGCCCGGUACGGGGCACUGUCCGGGUUCGGGCUGUCGCUCGCCAAGUGGACGCUGAUCAUGAAGCACUCGACCGACUUUGCGUCGCACGAAAACUCGUGGCUGUGGUGGCUGAUCAUGGCGUUCGGGUUUCUGAUCUGCGUCCGGGCGCUGGUGCAGUACAUUAGCAUCAAGCGCACCUGGCGCCUGCUGUCCACGUCCGCCCAGGAGCGGCUACUGUUUUUCUACUAAGCUUCGGAGGCGGAAGCUGUUGGCUUACCUUCUUGUUUUUUUUUUUUUUUGUAGUUUUUAGAACUUCCUUUACUUGCUCUGUUCGUGUUUCCUCCCGAUCAUCGUGUUUACAAACCGGGGGGGAAGUAAUUUUAAUCCAUUUCCUCUCCGUAGUUGCUGCUGUGCUUCUUCUAUUUAGAAACUACACAAAUAGUGCUUACAUACACACAGGACACCACAGGUGUGAUCCAAGUGAUCACCGAUUUGGUGGUUCAUGUAUCCCGUUUUAGCGUAACGAUGGUAACUCCCCCAUGUCAUGGUGUGCUGUUCCCUUCUAGACACUUUUCACCGGGCGGGGGGCAAGCAGUGCGGUCAUAUGAUCCAUAUCUAUUGUAUGGUGCAAGUAGGAUUUGGUACAGUUUUCGGGGGAGGAAGACCCGAAUGGAGGGGUGUAGGUGUAGCGAAGGAAUCAUUAUCGUAAUUUUGUGAUAGCAAUCAGCGAGGUAGAGAGG